AUGCAGUGGGAAUCUGAGAGCAGCGAUAGCGAGACGGAGACGGGGCAAAAAUUCCGCCGCAAGGAGGCGCAACCACGGCCACCGCCGAACACUGCUAUGCCAGACCAGCGAUCCUCGGCUCACCGCCGCGGGAUAGCCACCGCAAGGAACGCGCCGCCCAACGCUGCCGAGAUCAACCGCCGGGCAGCAAACCAUAGCCGCUCCACUACCCACGAGGAGGUCACUCCCCCAGCCACCCCACGUGUCGGCUUCGGAGGUCGCGGGUUCGAUCUCUCUCCGGGCACGAUGGAUAUACUCAUGGAGGAGCUCGAGCCGGGAGUAGAGGGUCUGCUACAGGAGUUAAUCCCAGAUUGGGACCCGAGCGCACCUUCGACAGCACCAGUUCCUGCGGCCACCACCGCCGACGAGGUCCCACCUCCGGCACCGCGCUUCCCGCGCCCAGUCCCUGCGGCCACCACCGCCGACGAGGUCCCACCUCCGGCACCGCGCUUCCCGCGCCCAGUUCCUGCGGCCACCACCGCCGACGAGGUUCCACCUUCGGCGCCACGCUUUGCUCGUCGAGCCCCUCCGGCGGAUGAUUUCACCACCGACGACCCAGCGCCCGAGCGAGUCGCCAUACCAGCCGCCUGGUGGACUAACACGCACGACCAGCGAGUUCCACUGGCGGUUUGGCAGGAGAUAGCGCGCCGGAGCCAUGCCGCACAGUACUCCCGUCAGCGCUUCCGCGUCCGCACGCAGGAAGGACCAUACCAAAUCACCAUGAAAACGACAGGAGAAGUCCAGAUCCGUUUCGGCCGGGCGGAGUAA